AUGUUUUUUCACGUGCAUAUUGAAUCUGUGUUACUGUUACCCUUUGUCAUUUGUCGUCACAAUGACGUCGAUAGCGAUGUUCAUCUCAUAAAUCCACCAACACGAAAUGGCUGGUUAUGGCCCAUAUCAUCAUCCCCUUCAUUCUUAAAAGCGUACCUUGCACACUGUAUCAGACCUGCCGAAGUAUUUUGUUUUUAUUCAACAACGAAGCGAAACGACCGAGCGCUUGUAUUUGACACUCCUAAGAAGCGUGUGUGA